UCUUGUUUUUAGACCUGAGGAGUGCAAAGCAAAUGGAGCUGUCUUUCAUUUAAAGUUUUCUCCUUUUUUUAUUUUGGAGCUACAGCAUGUAUUCAGUCUCGUUUUGUUGUGUUUUCAUCUUUAUUUGUAGACGUUUUAAGGAAAAUCAGAGCUGCUUAGCACAGCUCUGUAAACUGUAACUGCAGUUUUAGUUCUUACAGUCUUUCACUAAGAAAAUCUGUACAUUUGUUUUUUUUUUUGUUUAGUUUUUUUUCUCCAGAGUGCAUUUUGGUUUUGUUAUGUUAAGCGUGGGAGAUCUGAAUUUCUGAAUAUUCAAAGGUCAUGCUCCGUCACUAGAGCACAGGCGCUUAGACAAUUCCCCAUUUUGUUACAGGUCAGAGCAGGUGUAAACCAAAUGAUACUCUUCCCUCUGCAACAGAAUGUAGCAUCGGUGAAUUGUGCUGCAUGGGGGGGAAAUCUAAACAAAACGCUGCAUUGAGGCUCCACCGUUCCUCCCACAACCAACCGCAUCCAGGUGACUGGCCCGCAGGCCGCUUCAGUUUGGACAAGCGACUACCCAAAUGACUAUUGAUCUGCCACUUUUGUUUACAAAGAAGCUGUCAUUGUAAAUGGGAAAAAAAAUGAAAUAUAUAUAUAUAUAUGAUUUGUAUUUAAAAUCAUUUCAAAUAAAAACUUUUAAACGAGUUCACUUGUGAUCUGGUCUUUACAAUUGUUCCUCGUGCAAGAAAAUAUCCCUUGUGCUGUCAAACUACCGGACUUGUCAUGGCGUACAGUUGGAGAUUAGGUUUAAAAUAUCACGACAGGAUUACCAAAUGUUGAUUAAAACAAAACUCUUCCCUGAUUCAAUCCUUAAAACAACUGAGUGUUCCAGUCAUCCUUUUUCCUUCCACUCAACAUUCCACCAACAUGCACUCUGUCAGCUACUUUAGGAAUGAGGAGAGUGACAAUGUAUUUCUGAAUGGAUGCUGUCCAGGCAGUAUUUUGAUUACCUAAUACUCAUAACUCUAGAAAGACAGAAAUUUAAUUAACUAUAUUCCAUAAUCCACAAUCAAACCUAAAAUAAAGGCUCAAUCUCUCUGUGUCUAAUAAUUUAGAUUCACUUUUAUGGUUGAUACCUUAUUUUAAUUCAUUAUGUCUCGCAUGUGAGGAAAUAAGUUGGGGACUCAACGGCUUCGCAGGUGUGGGAAUUCCCUCUCGGUACGUUUUGCAAAUGUAUACGAGAGUUUUUCCAAGAUAAAACAAUUUGGUUGACAUAUCCUUUUUAGAUAACAACUCGGUGUCUGUCCAAGAAGGGCAUUCUGUAACGAUAAAAUGGAAGUUAUGCUGCCCCUGACCCAUAUUAACCACAUAAUUCAGCCACUUUAAACUCUGAAGCACUUCAAUUACACAGCAUUGUUUUCUGGGAAGGUGAAAACGACGAUGCAGCUUUUGAGCAAGAUAGGAAAAUCAGCCACGCCAAAAUCCCCCCCAUAAACGAUCGUUUUGCACUUAUCAACCUGCGUCCAGAGUCCGAACACCGGCUUUCAGCAGCUUCCCUGCCGCAUCUGCAGAGGACGAGAACCCGCGCUCAUCCAGCCAGGCGGACCGGGAGCCCUGCGCUCUUUUUGCGGCUCCUGCUGCUCCAUGCUCCGGCUAACAGCCCCUCACCCAACCGGCCUGCGGUGCGCUGCCUCGGAAGCCUCGACCAUAAUCAACCACAUGGAGAAAGUGUGAUGAGCGUCGUCCUUCCCCGGUGGACUGUGAGGGCAUGAGACUGCGCGGUGGCCGUGAUUUCACUACCGCCGACUCCAACCGGGAACUGGCUGCUCCGCCUCCUUCACCUCCCGUGACCUGGCUGCCUCCCGGCGUCCUCGGCAAGGGGGGUGUUCGUUUGCGUCUGCGUCUAGAUCACCAUGACCACCGGGGGCGGGGCUGCUGGCACCUAGUCGACCUGGAGGCAGAGUCAGAGACGCUCGAGAAGAGACUGAGAAGCCCAGACCCGGAGGCCUGCAUACAAAGUCGGAUGAGUACCCUGUCUGCCGGCUUGGAGAUGCAAACUUCAACCCUGGAAGCCCAGUUCAUAGUGGCACCCCAGGCUAAAGUAACUGGCCGGAAGAGAGGACGGCCUCCUAUCCGGAAGCUGGACUUCCAGAGCCACUAUGUGGAUUCUUUAUCGCCCUUGAAGGUCCCAAAGAAGAGAGGAAGGAAACCCGGCUUUAAGCUGAAGCCCAGGAUGGCGAUGCCCUCACUCGCCAGCUCUCCUCCCAACAGCACGCCAGAGCCUGAGAUGGGGUCCAUCCCACAAGACGCUGCUAUCGUCCCCCACUCUGCCACACCACAGGUCCUAACAGCAGACACACCCCUGCCUGAUGAUUUCAUCUGUGACCCGCCUGCAGACAAGCGCUACACCAUAGAUCUGAGUGACUCUGCGUUCAACAUCAUGGCAUCGCAGUACCAAACCAAGCCCUCUUAUAUUUACCGUAGCAACAGCGGCUCCACUAGAAUAGGGUUAUGCAGACAGCUUUCCAGUCCGGCGACUUUUCAGGAUGGAAAUAGAACCGCCCUCACUCCCUUGCCAGACGUUGGAGAGGGCAAGCGUCUUGCUGGGAAGGACCCGUCCAACUGGGGUGUAGAGGACGUAGUGUGGUUCAUCAAAGAAGCUGACCCUCAAGCCCUGGCACCCCAUGCCGAGGCUUUCAGGAAACAUGAAAUAGAUGGAGACGCACUCUUAUUGCUGAAAAGCGAGAUGAUGAUGAAGUACCUGGGACUGAAACUGGGACCUGCGCUCAAACUCUGUUACCACAUCGACAGGCUCAGACAGAAUCGCUAGUAAUUUCCUGUAAGAGAACUGAAGGCUGAAAAAAAAAACAUCACCUCAAUAUCCUGAAUAUGAGGUGAAAUUGAAACCUUGGUGCUUUCAGUGCAUCUGAACCACUUUUUGUUGACUGAACAUUUUAUAUGUACUUACUGGGACUAUUUGCAACUUUGUUUACUUACCAGCAAUACUUGAGUGGCUUUGAAUUGCAGUUUUGCUACAUACAAAUGUUAGCUAACAUAAACCAUAAGCAGCAUUAAUUUAAGCAAAUUAUAAUCAUAAUCAUAGAGUGCUCCACUAAAGAUCUACAAAGAAAACAACUUAUCACGAUGUUUUACCUCAUUAUCAUUUUUAAACUCAGCAGUAUUGCUUAGUUGUUCAGCUGCUUGUUUUACUUUUUUUUCAAUUGUAUUUUUUUUCCCCAGGUUGGAAUUGUACAAAUAUAUUUUUAAAUUUUUGAUUUUGAAAUUGUCUGGCAGGGAACAGCUGCUGGUGUAUUAUCCAGGUUUUCCUGUUGUCUGACAAGUUAGCCAACAAGUGAUGAUAGACAAAGAAAAUGAUCUGUGAACAUUUUAUCUCCACAAACUACUGUAUAGCACAAUGGAUCAGUGGUACUGUAUUUCUCAAAUAAGAACUCCCUUUAAAAUUUGAAAGAAAAAAAAAAUAUAAGCUCAUGUAACUUGGUGCUGCCACUACAUCUACACUCAACAUAACUAAAUCAUAUCUUGUAUUAAUGUCUAAUUCUAACUUAAUAGCUUGCCAUUCUUGUUACACAGUACCUCAUUUGAUGCAAUUCCGAGCAUAAAUGCCUCCGCUGAAGCAGUAAUUGGUCGUAAAAUUAAAAAAGAGACUAAGUAGCAUUGAGAGUUUUCUCAUGUGAUGCUGUAAGACAAACUUCUGGUUAAACUUAAUCUUAUGCUGUGCAAGACAAACUUGUGACAUAUGUGUAAAACUUAAAGUUAACUUUUGAUUAAACAUGUUUUUCUUGUUUUGUUUUUUUA